AUGUCGGCAAGUACAGAAGCCAGUGCAAUAAUAGAUUUUUUCAAAAGAAAAUCAAUCUUUAUUACUGGUGCGACAGGAUUUAUUGGGAAACAACUCGUAGAAAAACUCGUUCGAUCAUGUCCCGACGUUGAACAUAUCUAUCUGCUUGUUCGACCAAAACGUGGUCAUGCUGUGAAUGAUCGAUUGAAAGACUUAUUUACAAGCCCUUUAUUCAACACUGUACGAGAGAUGUAUCCUAAUUUUGAAGAGAAAAUAUCUGCUGUACAAGGCGAUAUUCUCGAUCCGAACUUUGGUCUUAGCCCAGCUGAUGAAACAAUAUUAAUUGAACAAUGUCAUAUUGUAUUUCAUUCAGCAGCAACUGUUCGAUUUCAUGAACCACUUCGACUUGCCAUACAAAUGAAUGUUGCAUCAAUCAAGAAAUUACUUGCUCUCUGUCAUAAAAUGAAGAAAUUACAAUCGAUCGUUCACGUAUCUACAGCGUAUGCAAAUUGCAACCGUAGUGACGUCGCUGAAAUGAUCUAUCCACCACCUAUUCAACCAGCGAAGUUAUUAGAUGCUAGUGAAUGGAUGGACGAUCAAGUCUUUGAUGUCUUGACCAAUAAAAUCAUCAACGAUCGACCGAAUACAUACACAUUUACGAAAGCAUUAGCUGAAUAUGUCAUCUCGCAAGAAGCUCGAGAUCUUCCAUUAGCGAUCAUACGUCCUUCCAUCGUUGGUUCAUCAUGGCGUGAACCAAUAGCUGGUUGGAUUGAUAACUACAAUGGACCUAGUGGAUUAGUCGUUGCUACAGGCAAAGGCAUGCUUCGAGCUAUGCUUGGUAGUAGCACAGCCAUAGCUGAUAUCGUACCGGUUGAUGUAUGUGUGAACAUGAUGAUUGCAAUUGCUUGGAACACAGCAAUAAAACACCCGAAGAACAUCCCAGUUUAUCACUGCUGUACUGGUCAUUUGGGUACUUUAACAUGGGGUAAAGUUACCGAAUACGGUUUACAUCAUCUAUAUAACAUCAGUUUGGAAAAUGCUAUUUGUUAUCCAUAUUUGCAAUUUACUGAGAAUCGAUUUCGGUAUCACUAUCUUCGAACAUUACAAGAAGUUGUUCCGGCUUUUAUUCUUGACUGUUACAUGCGUAUCAUUGGUCGUAAGCCGAUGUUUUUAAAAUUGUCGGACAAGAUUUACAAAAGCGUUCGAACAUUAGAUUUUUUUACUUCGAAUUCAUGGAUAUUUCCCAAUGAUAACAGUGUUCUUCUGCAAAAUGAAAUGAGCGACAUCGAUCAAAAAAUAUUCAAUUUCGAUCUUAAAGAACUCGACUGGUUUCAAUAUUGGCGUCACUACUGUACCGGUGCAAAACAAUUCUUACUUCGAGAAGAUCUUGCACGAACGGCUAAAUGUCGUACAAGAUAUUUACGACUAAAACGUAUUCAAAAUAUUCUCUAUUUUACAACAAUCGCUCUGGUUAUAAAACUAGUCUUUUUCAAAUCAUUUAAAAUUCGUGGAAUAUUUCUCGCAAUCUUUCGACUAUUUUUUGCUGCUUUAUCAUCACUAGUAGCAAAGCUCGGUCUUCGAGCCAAAUAA